UGCCUGUGACGUGGAAUGAAAGAAACGAAGAAAGCCAUACGAACACGAAGCCGAGGCAAGCACGUCAAAUAUCACUUCGCCCCUUCACUCACAUUUUCCAGGUCAGCAAUCGUUUUGGUUUGCUCAAUCAAAAGUUAAACAUUAGAAAGAAUGCCUGCUCCUGCUAGUUCAACUUCCGUCGGCAGCGGCUCACGCUCGCCCAGCAAACUUACCGCGCCACGUAGCGCCGGAGCUGGAGGUGGCAGCACGCUGAAGCAGCGCAAGACGACCACCAGCACCACAGCUGCCCGAAGCCGUGCUCCUGGUGGAGCCGGUACAGGCGGCAUGUGGCGUUUCUACACAGACGACUCCCCCGGCAUCAAAGUUGGACCCGUUCCCGUCCUGGUUAUGUCGCUGCUGUUCAUUGCUUCCGUAUUUAUGCUGCACAUCUGGGGCAAAUACAAUCGUUCUUAAGCCAUUACGUUCAUAGCAAUAAAAUACUUUCACCUCAACGAACGCGAGCAGCACUGUCGACGUCAUCAUUUCUUUCAUACCGAAACGGCAGCGCCAGCAGCAGCAGCCAAUUCGUUGACAACAACAAUCAUAAUUAUCUGCAUUCCGCUUGUUGAGGCGUUGGUGUGGAUGUGUUUUCCACAUGAAAUUAUUAUUACCUUAAGCUAAGUUUGUGCUCCUGCUGCGUCGUU